UCGCCAUGUCAAUUAUUUCGACGAGGUUCCAUCAAUAUUAUUCCUACCGAGGGAAACGCAAACUUGUCACUUGGCGCGUGGGAAAUCUUGAAAGAGAAUUACUUUCUUCGCGGCUCCCAUGGGUGACGACCGAUGACGAAGAGUGACGGGUUAUUGCUCCGACGGGCGCUCGUUGCCGCGCGGAUGAACCGCUCGUAAGUCUAACCUCUCGGGAGACGUCACGGAAAAGCGAUCAACGAGGCAGGAUGGCGCCACGCAGUAGAGAGACGAGACCUAACCUCAACGCCGGCAGAGCUUCGAGGCGGAGCAACAAAAGCUGGCUGGAGAAUCACCUGGAGUGGCGGCAGCUCGUCGCCUUCCUCACCGACCCGAAGAAGUUGUCACUGACGGCAAGAUUGUUUAUCAUCCUGGAGAUCGUACUGAAUGCAGUGGUCAUCCAGACUGUGCCAUAUACCGAGAUUGAUUGGCGGGCCUACAUGCAGGAGGUCGAGGGAUUCUUGAACGGCACGUUGGACUAUUCUAAGCUCCGCGGCGACACCGGGCCGCUGGUCUACCCCGCAGGAUUCGUCUACAUCUUCUCUGGCCUGUACCAUAUAACUUUGCAUGGCACCAAUGUGAGGAUAGCGCAGUAUCUCUUUGCGGCGCUGUACGUCGUCACGCUGAUGCUGGUCUUCCGGAUUUACGCGCGGACCAAGAAGGUACCGCCCUACGUCCUUGUCCUGAUGUGCUGCACGUCCUACAGAAUACAUUCGAUAUUCGUUCUGAGACUUUUCAACGAUCCAGUGGCGAUGGUGCUGCUGUACGCGUCUAUCAACGCGUUCCUGGAUAAUCGCUGGUACUUGGGUAGUGUGCUAUACAGCCUUGCUGUGUCUGUCAAGAUGAACAUCCUGCUGUUCGCCCCAGCGCUUUUAGUCAUCUACCUGUGCGCUCUGGGAAUUCUGAAAACACUGGUACACCUGUCCAUCUGUGCACUAAUCCAGCUGAUCCUCGGUCUUCCGUUCCUGCUGGAAAAUCCGGUCGCUUAUGCGAAGGGCGCCUUUAACCUGGGUAGAAUCUUCGAGUAUAGGUGGACCGUAAACUGGAGGUUCCUACCUGAGGAAAUAUUCGUCCAUCCGUACCUGCAUGUCUCCUUGUUGCUGCUGCACGUGCUGACGCUGCUGUACUGUGCGCCCGUUUGGAUCACCUACAUGAAGUCGUACGCGAAAUUGAAGCACCUGGGACGGGAGCUCAAGUCGCAGCUUCGUAAGCGAGAGAAGGUGGACAUGUCUACUGUAAGUCAGCUGUUUGUUUAUCCCCUCUUCGUCGCGAACUUCAUCGGCGUGGUGUUCAGCAGAUCGUUGCAUUAUCAGUUCUACAUAUGGUACUAUCACACGUUGCCCUACGUCGCAUGGUGCACCGACUACAAGACGAUCGUUAAACUGACCCUCUUGGGUGUGAUAGAGUUGUGCUGGAACACGUAUCCGAGCACGGUGUUCAGUAGCGUAGCGCUGAAUCUGUGCCAUGUAAUUUUGUUGUACGGCAUCCUCAAGAAUAGACCGAAUAAUGCGAAAGAGAAGUGAAGUUGAAUGCGCACAUGUACGACGCAUUGUUGUCUCACACGAUUGUAUAUUCCUACAUAAUCUAUGUAUUGAAUACAUAGAUAAAGUAAUAUAAUCUUUCCAUCCGAUAUUAAACGUCCGUCGUCCCGAUACGUAUAAAGUACUUAUUUAUUUAUUUGUCCGUGGUUUCACUUUCAUUGUUUGCAUUUAGGAUUGUUCAAGACUGUAUCUACAAACGUAUGCAAUAUAUGUAUGUAUAUGUAAAAUAUACGUUUUAUAUAUGAGUAGAAUAAAUUGUGUGUAGUGUUAUGCAACGUUA